CACUCUCGCCGCGGUCUCCUGGCGGCGGCGGCUUUGUCUCGUGGGCUGGUCCCCGGCGGCUCCCUCCCCCGAACAGCUGCCGCGGGAGGGAGGAAGCGGGCGGGAGCUGUCCAGCACCCCGGUGCUGAAACCCCGAGCGCUCGUCCUCCACCACCACCAUGUAAGGGCCAUGAACAGGGCUCGUCCUGGCGCAGCGCGGACAUGGAGGAGGACUUAUUCCAGCUGAGGCAGCUGCCCGUGGUGAAAUUCCGUCGCACGGGCGAGAGUGCAAGGUCAGAGGACGACACGGCUUCGGGAGAGCAUGAGGUCCAGAUUGAAGGCGUCCGCGCGGGCCUAGAGGCUGUUGAGCUGGACGAUGGGGCAGCUGUGCCCAAGGAGUUUGCCAAUCCCACUGACGAUACUUUCAUGGUGGAAGAUGCGGUGGAAGCCAUUGGGUUUGGAAAAUUUCAAUGGAAGCUGUCUGUUCUCACCGGCUUGGCUUGGAUGGCUGAUGCCAUGGAAAUGAUGAUCCUGAGCAUCCUCGCGCCACAGCUGCACUGUGAGUGGCGCCUCCCCAGCUGGCAGGUUGCGUUGCUGACCUCGGUGGUCUUUGUCGGCAUGAUGUCCAGCUCCACCCUCUGGGGAAACAUCUCAGACCAGUACGGCAGGAAAACAGGGCUGAAGAUCAGCGUGCUCUGGACUCUCUACUACGGCGUCCUCAGUGCUUUUGCGCCCGUGUACAGCUGGAUCCUGGUGCUCCGGGGCCUGGUGGGCUUUGGGAUCGGAGGGGUCCCCCAGUCAGUGACGCUGUACGCUGAGUUCCUUCCCAUGAAAGCCAGAGCUAAGUGCAUUUUGCUGAUUGAGGUCUUCUGGGCCAUCGGGACAGUGUUCGAGGUCAUCCUGGCUGUGUUUGUGAUGCCCAGCCUGGGCUGGCGUUGGCUGCUCAUCCUCUCGGCUGUCCCGCUCCUCCUCUUUGCCGUCCUGUGUUUUUGGCUGCCGGAGAGUGCGAGGUACGAUGUGCUGUCUGGCAACCAGGAAAAGGCCAUCGCCACCCUAAAGAGGAUAGCGACAGAAAACGGAGCGCCCAUGCCGCUGGGGAAACUCAUCGUCUCCAGACAGGAAGACCGAGGCAAAAUGAGGGACCUUUUCACGCCCCAUUUUAGAUGGACAACAUUGUUGCUGUGGUUUAUAUGGUUUUCCAAUGCGUUUUCUUACUAUGGAUUAGUUCUGCUCACCACUGAGCUCUUCCAGGCGGGAGACGUCUGCAGCCUCUCCAGCCGGAAGAAGGCGGUAGAGGCAAAAUGCAGCCUGGCCUGUGAGUACCUGAGUGAGGAGGAUUACAUGGACCUGCUGUGGACCACCCUCUCGGAGUUCCCAGGUGUCCUUGUGACUCUGUGGAUCAUCGACCGCCUGGGCCGCAAGAAGACCAUGGCGCUAUGCUUCGUCACCUUCUCCCUCUGCAGCCUCCUGCUGUUUAUCUGUGUUGGAAGAAACAUGCUCACUCUCCUACUCUUCAUUGCAAGAGCGUUCAUUUCUGGAGGCUUCCAGGCAGCCUAUGUGUACACGCCUGAGGUCUACCCCACGGCGACGCGCGCACUGGGCCUAGGAACCUGCAGUGGCAUGGCGAGAGUGGGGGCUCUCAUCACUCCGUUCAUCGCUCAGGUGAUGCUGGAAUCUUCUGUGUACCUGACACUGGCUGUUUACAGCGGCUGCUGCCUCCUGGCUGCUCUGGCCUCCUGCUUUUUGCCCAUCGAGACCAAAGGCCGUGGACUGCAGGAGUCCAGCCACCGGGAGUGGGGCCAGGAGAUGGUCGGCCGAGGGACGCACGGCGCAGGCGUCACCAGGUCGAACUCUGGCUCUCAGGAGUAGCGCCCGAUGGGGGGCUGAGCUGGUCUUUGAGGCUGUAGAGCGCGGGGAGCUGCUGGAGCCCAGCCGGGGCACCGACCAUCACUGCCGACAUCAAGAACUCACCCAGGAGGACAACCUGGACCAACAGGGCUUUGUGUCUGGACUCCGUUUGCUCAUAUUCAUCGAGAUCCACGCAGGGAUGGGGAGAUGUUUGCUCCGGGGGUUCUCUGUAUGUGUGGGGGGAGGUUUGUUAAUAACCUGGGGAUCUGCAUGGGAAAACUGCCACAUUAGGGGUGCCAGGGGCACCGCUUGGCUACCACAGUCAGCCGGUCACAGCCUCGGUGAACAACAGCCCACAGAUCUCUGUAGAUACGGUCCAGGCCCAGACCCCUGAGAGACCUGUCGCCCAGGGAGCCCACACCUGCCGCCCACCAACUGGACCUGUUCAGCAGGUUCCUCCUACACCCCCGGCCCAGGCUUUCUUCUUUGAAAUCGCAGGCAACCCAGGUGUGGCCUGAGCAGAUUUUUCUUGGGUCCGAGAAACGCCCCCUCGGAAUGCCCCCCCAGGGCCUGACUGGUGGAGACUCUGGCAGAUGAACAUGCAUUUGAACUGAAGCCACAGGCCCCCAUCUGGCCCCCUCUGGAGUUACUGUCCCUGACUCCAGGGCAUCCAAAUGUGUCCAUGGGCACAGCUGGGCUGGCACCAGACGACCUCAGAAAAUGCUAACCCCCGGGCAUCAGGGACUGAGGCCCAAGGGAGGUCAGAAUCAAGCCCAACGCUAAAGCAGGGGCCUCCCCUUCAGAGGCAGCAAAGACCACCUCGGGGCUUCUUUUCUGGCCCCCUCCUAGGUCUGGCUGACUGGUGACUCUUGGGGAAGAAAACAGUUAACUCAGGUUUCAGUGCUUUGGAUUUUGAGCGUGGGUGGAUGGCUAAAUGGGCAGAGAAACUGAAAGGAUGCUACACCAACCACCUGUUCCCAUCAGGGUCAGGGGACCAGGAAUCCUUUCUCCCUGGUUUCUCGGCCGCCCAUGCUGUCAAGGGCUUGGUCUUCACACAGAGGCAUCUCCUGGGGUUCCAGUGAUGGAACCCACCACAGGGAUGCUGUGGGGUGGGGAGGAACAGGAGGGCCCAGAGGCGUGAAAUGUGUACAUUUUCAAAGGAAGAGCAGGCAGGUCAGUUGGGUUUGGGGCUGGCCUCAGGAGGAAGGGCUGGCGCCGUGUCUCAGCAGACAGCAUCCACCUCCAGGAUUUGGUUCACAUGAUCCUUUUCCCCAUCACGAAGGCAGGGAACCCAGGGAAGCAGGGAGGAAGCUGCCGGAGCCCAGAGAAGGCCAGAGAAGACUGACCCUCUGCUUGAAGUAAACAUGGCGAGGAAGCCAAAUGUCUACGUUCAUCUCUUAUUAAAACAUAUUGGUGAUGGACAUUG